AUUUAAAGUACUCAGUCACCGGUUAGCAAACCAUUGCCAAAAUCCGAAACAAUUUGCGAAAAACGGUGUCAAGGCAGAAAUUCUCACGAUCAAUUGAUCCAGGAUGAGCAGAACGAAUGACAGCAUUGGUUGUUUGCCAGAGGAAAUGCAAGCUUGUAUAUUAAGUAAAUUAAAUGGGAAGACAGCUGCUGUUGCAAAGAAAGUCUGUAAAUUAUGGAAUGAAAUAAUUAAAGAUUUAGAGACGUUCAAGAAUUUUUGGCUACACCGUUGCCUACAAGAGAUUCCCCCAUACACACUUGUUGAACUGACUAGGUUGACCCAGUUGUCUGGUGGAAAGGAGAGUACUCUUGUUGAACUGACAAAAGACUGGAGGACAAGCUUACAGAUUAAGCUCCCUUGGAUGUUUUGGCGGGAGAUCUAUGCAGAGUAUUCAAGGUGUGGAUAUAUUGUGCAUGGUAAAGAGGAACAGAAAGAAAUACAUUACUUUCCAACACAUUCCGAUAUCACAUGCCUUCAUAUUAAAGACAAUGUGAUGUACUCGGGUCAUGCGGGAGGUCAGGUGAUCAGUUGGGAAAACUUAGAUGAGGAGCUGCAUUACGAGUUGUUGUAUAGUCACUGGAAAAAGGUGACAGACAUUACUGGCCUUGAUAUGGCCAAGACCACGAGGCAUAUAUUGCUUGGUGAGUUAAAUAACAAGAUUAUCAGCUCAGCAAAAGACAGGACAAUAGUUAUGUAUAAUAUAGACACUGAGAGCUUUUUCCAACUGGAAAUUGAAGAUCACAAUACAUAUGAAUAUGUGGGCUAUGUCAGGUCAUGGGGUAAACACUUUUUUGCUUCAGCAAACACAUGUUCAAGGGGAAGACAGUCUGUAUGGAAAUCUAAAACACAUUCUGAUGAAGCUGACCAACAGGAUAUUAUAUCCACCGAUAUAUCUGCUAAAGUUACAGCUUUUGCAGUCUGGGAUGGCAAUGUGGUAUUAGGAGAUGAGAAGGGAAACUUGUUUACUGGACUAAAUAUUUUCAAUUUAGGAGAUGCGUUAAGACUUGAAGCAAAUAUAGGGGGCUAUAUCAACUCUAUCUUUCUGCUUGGGGAGAGAGUCGUCUGCUUCACAGGUGAUGGUUUACUUCAUGUUAGUAGAUAUAAGGAACAUUAUGUGUUCAACAAACAUGACAUAAAUAAAUGUCUGAAUAAAACACCGGAAUGUGUUGUCAUUCACGGAUCAGUGCUUGCCAUUGGAUGCAGAACUGGUGCUGUAUAUAUGUAUCACCUCCCUUCAGAUAGAGAUUGGGACAAUCUUAAUCUAGCCACACCCUCCAGGGUCAUACAGACGUCACAUGACCAUAUAAAUGCUGUUGCCAUUGGAGAUGAUGGGGAUGGACCUUAUGUUGUCAUAGCAACAGAAGGCUGUUCUUUCCUUCUAGUGAAAUACAGAAGGCAAAAAGCUUCGUCAAAGAAAACAGUUUUAAAAGAAAAAUAUCUUAGGAAGUCUUUCUGGUAUAGUCUUGACAAAAAUACCUCUCCAUGGCAAUUCCUGUCCUGAUUAUUUUGAGUUUACGUUUAAGAAUGAUGUCAAAAUUAAGGAUUUGGAAUGGUGAAUUUUCUUGAGAUUUUUCUCUCUCGGGGAAUCCUUAAAUUUUUAGAUAUAUGGGGAGGACAAUUUGGGUGUAGACCAUUUUUUAAAAGCAAUAAAAACGUUUUUUGUUGUUUAAUUAAGUUGUUACGCUUAGAAAAUGACAGAUAAAAACAUUCUGUAAGAUGAAAUUUGUGUUUUGUUGGAAAUCAAAUUUGUAAAAGUUUUAUUUUUAUCGUUGUUCAAAUUUAUCAUUUCAUUUCAUUAUGUAUUCAUACUGUUUAUUUUUUGCAUCAAGGCCAGAAAAUUAAAUUUUUUCCACAUAUGUGUUCAGAUUUAGUAAUUUAGUUUGUAAAAUGUUUUGUUGUUAAAAACUUUUAAUAUUGAGAGUUCAAUUUGGUCAAUUUGUUUCAAUUAUUAUUUUUUUACCAUUGUUUCAUUUACAAUAAAAAGAAAUAAAAAAUUGUAAGAA